AUGACUGGUAGUAAUAGUCAGCAAGAAAUGGUUAGUGGUGUCUCACGUAAGGGAUCAAUAGCAUCCAACAGAAGACGUGCUAGGCAAACAGAACCUGAACCAGUGGAAGUGAAUGUCCCUAUGGAGGAGGAUGACCAUGUGGAUGCGAAUAAUGAUUAUGUUGACGACGAUAUUGGUGUGGAGGAUGACGAUGUCGAUAAUGAUAUUGUUGUAGAGGCUGACCUCAUGGAGGACGAUGUUGGUGUGGAUGAUGACAACACAGAACCAGUUCCGGGUGCUCCAGAGGAUCCUUCAUUGCUAAUUAGCUUUCGUAACCAUGUUGCUGUCGCUGUUUGGAAGAAAAAGUCUGGUCUUAGUGUCCUUAUUGAUCACACAUAUCGGCAUGACAAUAGAGUGGCAAUAUCUGCCUUCGUUGAAAGGUGGCAUCUAGAGACAAAUACAUUUCACAUGCCAGAUGGUGAGAUGACUGUCACAUUGGAUGAUGUGCGGACCAUAUUUGGCAUUCCAGUCACUGGCAUGGCUUUGUCAUGUCCUAAGUUAACAAGAUACGAGGCUGCUGAACUGGUGAAUACUACUUUGGGAGUGCCAGUGAAUGAUGCAUUUGCAGAAUUAGUUCAAUCUCGUGGGCAAUCCAUGAAGCUAGAGUGGUUGCGAAUUAGAUUUCAUGAAUGUUCUGUUACCAGACAAAAUAGUUUUUCCCAACAUUAUGUUGCCAUACAAUUGGAAAAUUUCAAUUUACUUCAUAACAAAGUCAGUGGAGCCCACUGUGAAGUGUCUGUUCAGUCGCACAAUAGUAGGGCUGGUGUUAAGCAGAUUACUGGUUACUUGAAGCUAUUGGAAGUAUGGAUUUAUGAGCAUUUUCGUUUGGGAAGGCCUCAUUCAAAUUUGUCCUAUUCUGAUGAACAACCUUGUGUAUGUCGUCGGAGUUCGCGGAGAGAUAGAGGUUUUACGGAAGACCACUUGCAGACAUUACGAGAGCAACUUGACAUGUUACAUGCUAAUGAGAUCGAGUGGGAUCCAUACUGUUUAUGUAGGACACACCAUCCACUUCAUGAGGUUGCAUAUUAUACUAGAUGUUUGAAAUGCUUUGAUAUUGUUGAACCCUAUCACCCCAAUAGGGUUUUGCGACAGUUUGGUAGAGUCAUAACCAUCCCACCAGAACCAUUAUCUCCUGUUCGAGCUAUACGGGGCAGUAAACCAGGACAAUACAGAAUCAUGUAUCAAUACCAUGACACGAUAUGGGCGCAGUGGGAGAAUCAUGUGUUGUCCAUUAAUGCUCGUAGUGUGCUUGUACAGCAGCGACCAUCUGAAUGUUGUAAUGAUGCUGUUUUCAAUGUUGAUGCUGCAGUCCAUAGGCUCAGUCGUGAUGAGUCUGUCUUGCACCCUGACGUGCUGUAUGAAACCAUUGGUCGCAUGCUGCAAGUUCUUGAUGGACAGAGUUUGGGAUCUACUUCGACAC